ACCAAAAUGCCUGCGGGAUCUGCAUGGGGUCACCCUGCUUUGCUAUUGCUUCUCUCCUCCGUGCCCCUGUGGGCAGCUGAGAUCUCCUGCAGGAACGAAGACGGAGAGACAGUCGAUUGGUUUGCUCUUUACAAGUUGCCGAAACAUGCCAAAGGAGAGAUUCCCACGCUGGGGCUGGAAUACAUGUACAUGGACGCCCUGGCUCCGCAGUGGCAGCUCGGUAAAUACCUCGUCAACAUGACACAGGGUGCUCUGGGACAAACACUGAAGCAGCUAUACGAGACGUACAAAUCCAAGAGGAACAGCAUUGCAUAUGCGAUAUACAACGAUGAGGUCCCUGAAUCAGACUCCGAUGGGUGGAAAAGAGGACACACCAAAGGAUUUCUGCUCUUGGACAAAUCACAAGGCUUCUGGGUGAUUCACAGCGUGCCCCUGUUCCCUCCCACCCCUGAGGAUGGUUAUGAGUAUCCAGCUACUGGGGAAUCCUACGGACAGACUGCCAUCUGUAUAACCUUCAAAUAUGACCAGUUCACAGAAAUAGACCAACAAAUGCUGAGUUAUAAUCCAGGAAUCUACAGCUGUUCCAUCCCUAACAUCUUCCAAGCUGAUCUCCCAAAUCUGCAGAAGCUCUGUGCAGGGUCCAGGCUGCCCUCGGUCCCCUUGCGCCACCUCUCCAAACUCCAGUCAGCUCACGGGGAAACCUUUCUCCACUUUGCGAAGUCACACUUGUACAUAGAUGAUAUCUACGUGGCCUGGGUGGCUCAGGAACUGAAGACCGAUUUGUUGGCUGAAUCCUGGCAGCAUUCCGGCCAAAAACUUCCCUCAAAUUGCUCUCUCGACUACCACGUCUACAACAUAAACCUAAUAGGGACGCCAUUGAAUUCCACCUUUUAUUCCAUUAACGAUCAUUCCAAAUGGGCUGUUUCAAGGGAAUACAAAGAUCAGUGGACCUGCAUCGGAGACCUAAACCGUGCUGCCGAGCAAGCUUGGAGAAGUGGUGGGUUCGUCUGUACGCAGCACGAACACAUCUACAAAGCCUUCAGACAUUUGAUAAUCCACUACGAGAGUUGCACUGAUGCUUCCACAUUGAUAUAACGAACCGUUCCUCCCAAACAGCACAGCCCCUCGUUACAUAGAAAGCGUAGGAAACGUCUCCCUUGAACUAUAUUUUCACUCUGAAAAAUGGCCCUGUCAGUCGCCAGAUGUGUUAGACCUUCACCUUCUUAGCUAUAAAAGCAGACGGUUUGCAGGUAAAUUACGGCUGUUUUUCUCUGGGUGCUGGACCAGCAGGCUCUGCGUGUGCUGAGCCACGCUCUGCUCUCUCCUCGGCUCUCGGCCGAGACGCUGCUGCACAAGGCUGCACCAAAGCACAUAGCUGUGAGCAGCCGUGCGCAGGCGUCCCCAGGGGAACUCGUGAGUGGUGCUGGACGUGGGAUGGGAGGAACAACGGAAAUCUGUCUCGUUAGCUAGGUUGUCGGGGCUGGGCAGUUAGCAGGAGAAAAGUACCCCAAAAUGCUUCAAAAUCGCCCCGCGUUCCAGGCGCCGUUGAGAUCAGUCACGGCAUUUCUGCUCAGUUUGGGGUGAAUCUCUUAAAGAGCUGACAUAAUUGGAUACAGACAGGGAGACAAGUAGAUCUGUGGACAGGAAGGCUUCAUUUUUACAUGAUUAAUUUUUAGAGAAGAAAUGAGCUUUAAAUCAUUUGUAACCAAUGGCUUGGGAGUAUUUCCAGUGCUUUUAUUCAUGUACAGCAAUCUUAUAAACAAAUAAACAUGUCCAAAAUCUGAAUAAGCAAAAUAAAUUAAGAGCGAAAAUGGUCUGUUUACAGUUUCCCUCUCCCAUCUUUAUGGUUAUU